AUGGCUAACCGCUGGAACGUGGUAGGGAAGAGCGUGCCCGAGAUCACAUCGUCGACAUCAACCACGGACAGCAGCGUCACCGCGACUCUCAGCUUCGAGGUGACAGCUGAGUACCCCGAUCUGGAAGCCAUGGGCAUCGGCGAGUACGCUAGAUCGGGCGUCUUCACGUUUGGUGGCUACGAUUGGGGCAUCGAGUUCUACCCGCACGGAUGGGGCGACGGCAAGGCCACGGCCUACCUAUGCUUUCUCAGCCUAGCCGGGCAUGCGCACAGCAAGUACACGCUGAGCGUGCUAGGGGACGAGGGAGAGGAACCGUUAGCCAGCUUCGACGGAGUCUUCUCUCCGAUGGGAUCCUGCUGCCCGGGCAAAGAGCUGAAGCCGCUGACGGAGCUUGUGGACGGCGGCUUCACGUUACAGUACGUCCUCACCAUCUUCAAGAACGUGUCCCCGCCGAUGGAGCUGCCAGGCGACCUCGAGCGCAUGCUCAGGAAGCAAAGAGGCACGGACAUCACGUUCCGAGUGUGCGGCCGAGAGUUCUCCGCGCACAGCUUUCUCCUGGCCGAGCGGUCACCCGUCUUCAAAGCUCAGCUCUUCGGCCCGAUGGCGGAGAAGGACAUGGCGCGCAUCGAGGUUGUCGACAUGGAGCCGGCCAUCUUCCAGAUGCUCCUUCACUACAUUUAUACGGACAUACUGCCGUCAUGCAACGACCAAGGCGGCCGCACCACUGCGGGGAUGCAGCAAUUGCUUGUCGCGGCGGACAGGUACGGGCUGGACAGGCUGAAGCUCAUGUGCGAGGAGGAGCUGUGCGGGAGGAUCGACGAAGAGACCAUCAUGUCCACGUACGCGUUGGCAAAUCGGCACCACUGUAAUCGGCUCAAGCAUGCGUGCCUCCUGUUUCUUAUGCAGUCGCCGGAUGUCCUAGGCACCGUCCUUAAGAAUAGCGGGUUCAACGAGCUCUGCAUGACAAAUUACCUACCAUCGCCUCUGAAGGGGGAUCAUGUACCGGGGACAAAUAAGAGGCGUAGCCAUCCAGAGGAAGAAACUGAUCCAGGCAAGAAAUUAAAGAGGACCCGCUAUUUCUUUUGGUGGUAA